AUGUCGUACAACAAGGACAAGGACUUCGGCGGCGAGGCCCCCAAGACUCACAAGAUCCGCAUCACCCUGACCUCGCGCAAGGUCCAGUCCCUCGAGAAGGUCUGCACCGAGCUCAUUGAGCGCGCCAAGUCCAAGGACCUGCGCGUCAAGGGCCCCGUCCGCCUGCCCACCAAGACGCUCAAGAUCACCACCCGCAAGACGCCCUGCGGUGAGGGUUCCAAGACCUGGGACUGCUACGAGAUGCGCAUCCACAAGCGCCUCAUCGACCUCAACGCCCCGACCGAGAUUGUCAAGCAGAUCAUCGUCAACAUCGAGGCCGGCGUCGAGGUCGAGGUCACCAUUGCCGCUUAA